AUGGUGGCCUCAGAAACAGCAGCAGCGGAGGCAACCUCCGCUGCAUCUGCUGCACCUGCAGCAGCAGCAGAAACAGUAGCUGCAGCAACAGCAACAGGAGCAGCAGCAGCACCACCACCACCAACGGAAACUCCAACACCAGCACCAGCAGCAGCAGCAAGAACAGAAAAAGCAGCAGCUGAAAAAGCAGCGCCCACAGAACAAGCAGCAGCAGCAGCAGCAGAAGACGCAGCGUCAACGGGAACAGCAGCAGCAGCAGCAGAUGGCAGUGGGUCAAAGGAAGAGACAGAAGCCGCUACGAGCAGCACUGAACAAAAAGACAGCAACAACCUUGCUCUCUUUGCAGCUCCCAGCAAUAUAAACAAAGAAAAACUUCGACGGAUUUUAGAGAGAAGGAAAAGGGCGGAGCAGCGCAUUAAAGAGGCCCAAAAUGCCUCAUCUGCAGCGGCGGAGCAGCGCGAAGAACAGCCCGAAAGCUUCGAUGGUGAAGCAGCAGCAACAGCAGCAGUUGGAACCAUAGAAAAAGAAAUAGAGAGAAGUAUAAAAGAAUUAGACAAAAUUAAAGAUAAAUAUUGUAAGCAAGAGGCGGAGGCGACUGUCAAUAAAAGCAUUCAACACCAGAGGGCUCUACAGAGCAGUCGCUUGGCAGCUCUCCCCAACCUGUUGCUCGAUACAAAAUCCACAGCUGCUUCUAAGCAGCAGCAGCAGCAGCAGCAGCAGCAGCAACAGCAGCAGCAGCAGCAGGGGGAACAUGAAGGAGAGCAGGGGCUGCAGCAGCAGCAAGUGCCGAAGCAGCAGCAGCAGCUGCAGCAGCUGCAGCAGCUCGACAGCAUUUUAAAAUCAGUAAACUUAGAAGAAAAAUUACUACAAGAAUUAAAAAACCUCAAAUUGGGAGAACAAGCGAUGUUUAUUGAGGAUGCUAAACGCAAAGAUCAAAGAUUUGUUGAUUGCAUAAGCGAGCAAAAAGAAGAGUUGAAGGCGACGGCGGCUCUAAUGAAUGCGGAGUAUGACGCCCUCAGGCAGCAAGCAGACAUCGAGCUUCUGCGACUCGAACAAGUGAUGCUUGAGCAGAGGAAGCAAGUGCUGGAAUUGGAGCUACACCUCGAGUCUCUUCUAGCUGCUUUUCAGCUGCGACAAGAGCAAUUAACUUUCAGCGUUCUGCUUCUUACAGAGAAAACAACGACAAAUGCUGUAGCCUUCAGCGCUCAGAGGUUUAAACUUAAUCAGUGCAGAGAGGCUCUGACAGAUAUAGCUGCGAAGUUUAGAGACGUCAGCAAAAAAUACCUAUUAGAAAACGUCCAGGCUAGCACAGAAUGCAGACGACUGUGGAAGCAACACGAAAAACUUCAAAGGGGUUUUGAUGAAGAACGAAAGAAUAAUGGAGUUGGCCAGGAUGCAGAUGAUGAUGCUCUUUACGCUGAAGCGGAUGAUGUUUUAAAAGUUUUGGAGGAAUUUCAGGAAGCGAAGGCAGCAAACGACUUUGAUCUGGCCAGCGAGCAAAGAAGCAAAAGAAAGGCAAACCCUAAACCCUAA